CCAUUAUUCUUUUUUUAGGUUAUUUGAAAUAUUUUUUCCUGUAAUUCAUUUACAAUUGUGAAUCUAAUAUGGGAAAAAGGAAAUAUCACUAUAAAGAUAAAGACAUCCGUCGUAAAAUUCGCCGGUUGGAGGAUAAAUUGGCGCGCCGUGGAAGUCACGAUCGUGAUCACAGGCGCCGUUAUCAAGAUCGGUACAGACGAUCGGAAACACCGUCUUCGUACUCUUCCGAUGAACAUGAUGCUGGAGAACGCUAUUAUAACCAGUCAGACGAAGAAAAUGCUCACCCUUCCCGCUGCCAAGAACAGCUGUCUGAUGGAGACUACAUACUAUGUGAUUCCGAUGAUUACUUGGAUAAUCCACAAAGCAAAAAAUUGGCGUCGACAGUCCAAGUAGCCAGCCCCGCGGCGAACCCGCCGCCAGCCGCUUCCCCGAAGCAGGGUCUUCCAGUGGACCCGGGUGUCUCACAGACAUUGACCACAACUGGCAUUUCGGUCGAAGAGGUUACGCCGACCAACACGGAAGUUCCACAGGAAAUUCUGAAUAUUCUGGGCGAAGCUAAGAAAAUCGAGCAACAACUUGGCGAAAAGAUACCCGCAGAGAUCUCUGAACGUUGGGGUAAAAUACUACUAGAUGGUUUAGCCAAAGAGCAAAAGGACUCCCUGAUAGAAAAGAUGCUCAUACCCGAGAACUUUCUCUUAGCCAAAGCACCGAAACUAAAUCCCGAAGUAGCCGCAGUUUUAUCAGAUGCGGCAAAAAAUCGUGAUAAACGAUUGGAGAAAUCUCAAAACCAAUUAGGGUGUGGGCUGGCUGGCUUGGUAAAUAUUACUAAUCACCUGAUCAAAGAAGAUAUGGAUAAGUUCGAUAUAAUCAAACGUAUUUCAGAAGUUAGCCAAUUACUCUUAGACUUACACUAUGAAGAAACCAUAAAUAGACGAAAACUUAUCAUACCCUUGCUAGACAAAAAGUUUUGGAAUACAAUACAAGGUGUAAAACGAGAAACCUACCUUUUUGGUGAUAAACUUGGCGAAAAUAUCAAAAACACUAAGGAUAUUGAAAAAUCAAGCCAACAUAUUAAAAAAGCAACACCUGCGCAACAACCAUUCCAGAGAAGAACUACUUCAUUGGGAAACGCGCGGGGUCCUCCUCGCCAGCAGCAGAGUCAAGCGAAGCCGACGACGUCAGCGACGAACCGCUUCCAGCCACCGCCUGCCGCAACGAGGAGGACGCAGCAACCACGCGCCCGUCCGGCUCCCUCCAGCAGGCAUCACGAUCGGAGACACAAAUAGAGGUACUUCAUGCUGGUCGUAUUCGUUACUUCCUUCAUAAUUGGUCACUAAUUACCGAGGACCCUAUUAUUCUAUCUUACAUAAAAGGAUAUAAAAUACCAUUUGUAUGUACGGUUUUUCAAACUAAAGAACCGCCUAACCCGCCUUACUGCGAGCUUGAAAUGGAACUUGCUAUUCAAAAGCUGAAAAGCUUAGGUGCUAUAUCACAAUGCGAUGAACAAUCUGGCCAAUUUAUUUCUCCUGUCUUUUUAACACCUAAAAGUACAGGAGGCUUCCGCUUUAUACUAAAUCUUAAAAAAUUAAAUCAAUUUAUAAGUACCCACCAUUUUAAAAUGGAAGAUAUUCGUACUGCCGUAAAAUUAGUCUCAAAAGGGUCUUACAUGGCAAACAUUGACCUCAAAGAAGCUUAUUUUCUAGUGCCUGUACAUCAGCAAUAUAAAAAAUACCUUAGAUUCAGGAAUAAUAAUAUUUUAUAUCAAUUCAAUUGCCUACCUUACGGUUUGUGUUCAGCGCCUUACAUUUUUACAAAACUCAUGAAACCAGUGUUAACAUUUUUAAGAAAACAAGGUCAUGUGCUCGUGUCAUAUCUUGAUGACAUUCUUUGCAUAGCUGAUGAUUAUCAAUCGUGUCUAAAUACUGUACAUAAAGUGAUCCAAACACUAGAAAGCUUAGGCUUCAUAAUAAACUUUGAUAAAAGUAAUAUUGUUCCAUGUCAAACUUGUAAGUUUCUAGGCUUCGAAAUAAACUCUCCAACUAUGUCACUACAACUACCUACACAAAAAAUUAAUAAGAUUAUAGAACUUGUUAAGAAAAUACAAAAAUCGUCCCAAGUUUCGAUUCGUGUUUUCGCUCAAUUCAUAGGUACAUUAACCGCGGCUUGUCCCGCCGUCGCGUACGGCUGGGUCUAUACAAAACAUUUUGAACGCGAAAAAUUUUUGGCCUUACAAGAAUUUAGCGAAAAUUAUGAUGCAAAAAUGUAUUUAAAAAACUAUUUACAAGAUGAUUUAUACUGGUGGUCUAACUUGGCAAUUAGAGCUAAAAACAGUAUUGACAAACAUAAUUACCACUUAGAAAUUUACACUGACUCGUCACUUACCGGAUGGGGAGCAGCUUGCAAUGGUGAGAUAACUAGAGGUCAGUGGUCAGCAGAUGAGGCAAAGAAUCACAUAAAUUAUUUGGAAUUACUAGCGGCAUUUUUUGGCUUAAAAUCAUUCUGUAAAAAUUAUAAUAAUGUAAACGUUUUACUUCGUAUAGAUAAUACCACUGCCAUUGCCUACAUAAAUAAAAUGGGGGGAAUACAAUUCCCUCAUCUCAAUCGUAUUACAAGACAAAUCUGGCAGUAUUGUGAACAACACAAUAUUUUCAUAUUCGCUUCUUAUAUUAAAUCUUCGGAAAACAUUGAUGCUGACCAAGCCUCUAGACAUAGCAAUGUAGACACGGAAUGGGAAAUUAAUUCGAGCUCUUUUCAGCAAAUUAUAAGCACUUUUGGCCAACCACAAGUAGAUCUAUUCGCUUCGCGUCUUAACCAUAAAUGUGAACGAUACAUAUCUUGGAAGCGAGAUCCGGACGCGUAUGACAUCGACGCGUUCACUAUUAACUGGAAUAAAUUUUUUUUCUACGC